CAUCACGUACUUCUUCAGCAGAUGUAGAGAGUAAACAUGGCCGCGCCACCAGUGUCAGCCGAAGACAUUGAGGCGCAGAUCCGUGAGAUCCAGGCUCGUAAGGCGGGUGUGGGCAAGCAGGGCAACUUCGACAAUGGUGAAGGUGUGCCCCUCACAGCAAGUGCCAAUGGCGCUUACAUGGACGAAGACAUCUAUGGGCACACGCAGAGCAAGUACGAUGGCUACGUCACGUCCAUUGCAGCAAACGAUGAUGCUGACGCAGAUGAUGACGACUAUGAGUCUACAGGUCUCAUGCAGACCAAGAAGAUGCCCCUGCCAUCUGCCUUCUUGGCAGAACUUACAGACAAGGACUAUGACCCGUUUGCGGAUCGCCGGGUACCCCGCAUUGCUGACCGAGAGGACCAGUAUCGGGCCCAGCGACGAAAACUCAUGAUCUCACCAGAACGUGUGGAUCCCUUUGCAGAUGGCGGCAAGACGCCAGACAUGAAGUCAAGAACUUACACUGUGAUCAUGCAGGAACAGGCACUCACAAAGGAUCAGGCUGAGCUGCGUCGCAAACUGGCCGACAAAGCCAAGGCAGGAGAACUGCAGUCAGUGCCGUCCAAUGGUGAAGUCAAGCAGGCUGCACCCGCUGUGAAACGCAGGCGUUGGGACCAGGCUGGUGAUGAGACACCUCAGACGCCUGCCAAAAAGAAGUCUAGCUGGGAUGCGGCUGAGUCUUCACAGACACCAUCACAUGCUCGUUGGGAUGAGACGCCAGGCAGAGCAAAGGGUUCUGAGACACCAGGAGCGACACCGGGUUACUCUAGCACCCGCAUGUGGGACCCUACUCCAGCCCAUGCAACACCGGGCCAUGCCACACCCGGGCAUGAAACACCAGGAGGAACGCAGAAAGGAGCUGCACCUGGGACACCCAGCGCACGUAGAAAUCGCUGGGAUGAAACACCCAAGACAGAAAGAGAAACUCCUGGUCACGGCAGUGGCUGGGCGGAGACGCCUCGUACAGACCGCACUGGUGGCGCUGACUUGAUACAGGACACGCCCACACCGAGUGCGUCCAAACGGCGUUCUCGUUGGGACGAGACGCCAUCAUCACAGAUGGGCAACCAGACACCGCAGACACCAUCAGCCAUGACACCUUCAUCCACUAUGACGCCAUCUGGUGUUACACCUACAGGUGCCAAGGCUAUGGCCAUGGCUACACCCACACCAGGACACAUCAUGGCCAUGACGCCAGAACAGCUCCAGGUGAGUGAGCCCCCGAAUUGUUCUUGA